GUCAAAAUACUGUAUCCCCAAACCUUCCAUCUCUGUCUCUCCGCCUCCAGCUUAUAAAGCCGGCGAGACGCGAGACCAAGAGCGAUCGAAUAGAACAAAAUUAGAAGAAAAAAAUACGAAGAGGAAGGUAAAGAUCAUGGCGAUGGCGAUGGCGAUUUCAAGGUUCUUGACGGCGCUGGUCUUCUUUCUUGGCGCGGCGACGGUGACGGUGUCCGGCUUCAACGUGACGACGCUCGCCUUCGACGAGGGCUACUCCCACCUCUUCGGGGAGGGCAACCUCGUCCGUUCCUCUGACGGCAGGACCGUCCGCCUUCUCCUUAACCGUUACUCCGGUGCGGGUUUUAUAUCGUCGGAUCUCUAUCACCACGGCUUCUUCAGCGCCUCCAUCAAGCUGCCGUCAGAUUACACGGCGGGAAUCGUCGUCGCCUUCUAUACAUCUAAUGGGGAUAUCUUUCCAAAGACACACGACGAGCUGGACUUCGAGUUUUUAGGCAACAUUAGAGGCGAGAGGUGGAGAAUCCAAACCAAUGUGUAUGGCAAUGGCAGCACCAGCCGAGGCCGAGAGGAGCGCUACGUUCUCCCCUUUGACCCCACCAAGGAGGCCCACCGCUACUCCAUCCUGUGGACCGCCACCCACAUCAUCUUCUACAUCGACAAGACGCCUAUAAGAGAGGUUGUCCGCAGCGACGCCAUGGGCGGCGAUUACCCAUCCAAGCCCAUGUCCCUCUAUGCCACCAUAUGGGACGGCUCUACGUGGGCCACCUCCGGUGGCAAGUACAAGGUCAAGUAUAAGUACGCCCCGUUCGUAGCUGAAUUCUCCGACCUGGUCCUCCGCGGCUGCCGCAUCGAUCCCAUCCAGCCAGUGCCGUCCACCGAUCAUUGCAUGGAGGCCGACGGUGACCUCAUGGCCGCCGAUUUCGCCGUCAUGACACCCCGGAAGCGCGCGGCCAUGCGUCGGUUUCGUGAGCGUUACAUGACCUAUUCAGUCUGCUACGACGCCCUCCGGUAUUCCGGCGCCUUACCGGACUGCAGCAUCAUCGCCUCGGAGCAGGAGAGGUUCUGGGCAUCCGGCCACAUCAAGUUCCCGGCCCGCCGGCGCCGGUCCAGGCGCCAGAGCCGUAUGCCAAGUGCUGCUGACCGCAUGAGUCAGCCCAUUGUCUAAAUUAAUCAUUGGUUGAGUACAUAUUGUUAGGUGGUCGAUGGAACAGUAGUAGUUCAGUUCCUUUCUCCUCUUAUGAUUCUCUCUGUCAUCAUUGGUUGUAUGUAAACAGUGAAAUAAGAUGCAAAUAGGAUUCGUGGAUUCCUUUUGUUUUGGAUUGCCAGCUGGUAACCCUAGUUAUAGGUUUUAAUGAUUGGUUUUUGUUCUUUUUUGCAGUGUUUUACCUUCAGUCAAUUUAAGGAUAGAUGUGGCUUUAGAUUUCUGAUUUAUGUCAGAUGGACUUGUAAUUAUAAAUGAAGAAGGGCUAAUUCACGUA